GGCGUGCCGGCGCCGGCCAGUCUGGCCCCAGGAACUCGGUGGCUCCCUGGCGCUACGGUGUUGGAUUCAUUGCUUCAGCUCGAUCCCGCUAGCAAGUCCCGCAGGGUCGCGUACGUCCUGCGGGUUAAAUCUGUGUCUCUGUGACCUCUGAAGGAGGUCUGUUCAUGAGCAAACGAAAUAGCUAGGCGUCUCUUAUUUGUACUUGCAACCGACCGUUCGACCCACCGACCGCCCGCCCGUGAGGUCUCCGGACCCCACGGGCGAGGGUCUACCUAUUCACCUCGUAUUUGUCCUUUGUAUAGUGUUAUCAUCGAUCAGUUCGUUUGGUAGAUGUAACAUAGCAUAAGAUAGCCUUCGACAGUUGAUAAAUUGGCACCGAUUGUUGUUUCUCUAUUUAGUAGAAACAACUUUUACUAAACACCGAAAAUAGGGCCGGCACCGGCAACGACCGCAAUCUAGCGACGCUGUUGUCCAGCCUAGUGCAGACUUUACAGAAUCUCGAAAAUUUGCACAUUGUUUGUUAACCUGUAUUUUCGACCGGUACCCUGUGUGUUGACACUGUCACCCGGCCACACCAAAUUGUGGUCAGGCGUUUAGCAUGCAAAGAAUCACAGUCGCUGGUGACCGACCUCAUAUCAAUGCGUUUACGCCAAAGCAAACUACAAAGUUAAUGUUACAAUUAAUCCUGUGCUCAGCGGCUUUUCGCUUUGUUAUCGCUGCUUUGCUCAUAGCCGCCAUGUUUCUGAUUCUUUCACAGCUAUGACGAUGACUAUGAAGUAAUCGUUGUCAGGCGGCUGUGCCAGAAGAGACGGCAACAUUCAACAAAAUUACCAUUGCCGUCAAGAGCAUGUCUGUUGCCUUAGUCCGCAAUAGGAAAUCCUAUCUCCGCUGCUGCCGGCGCCGCAAGUGAGGGAAUCACACUGGUGGAGGACACUUCAGAUGAAGCACAAUCCAUCGCUGAGAGGAUACGCGAUGGCCGCACCUACGGAUAAGAGGGCAAAUAUCGCUGCAGUCACAAAGAAACAAAUAACAACACGCUAAAUAGGUGAAGCCAAUACAGUAACGAAGACAGUCCAUCAAUGACUGAUCGUAGCUGAUCUGGAAGUGCUGAAAGAAGCGUCGUCGUGCAGUGACUGUCUCUGAAAGAAACAGCUAGUUAACUAACCUAUGUGUCUGUUCGUAUGGCAAUUGUGCGCUGAUCGCCAAGUCGCUGUUGGCCUUUGUCCGUCAAUCGUAGCGCCCCAUUCAAUCAAUGUUUGUAACCGCGUAGCCAUUUCCAGUUCCCUGACGUGGACCGGUGUAUGUGUUUGUAUGGCCGCGAAUGCUCGGCAUGUUCGGCAAGAUAUGAGAAUAUGAAAGAUGGGAAUUCGCUCGAAGCCGCUUGUGGUGACUGAACCAUAUGAUAAGUUCGACGAAACGAGUAACUGCACUAAUACAUCGGAAAUAGAAAAGUCAAAAACAACGACAAACCGUACCACUCAGUAGACGGUAAGCAAUUCCUUCCUAAUAUAGUACUUUUGAGCUAAGCACGAAUCGAAUGAUGCGGCGGAGAACAGGGUAAUGUCUCAGGGAAGCGAGGGUUCACGUUUAUCAAUUCGCAUACUAAAGAUCCGUAGCACGGAAGACCCCUUUCAAGCGUAUGGUAUGUUCUUCUGACUGGGAUUGGCACGAGAUUAAUUAACAGUCUUGGGGAUACGGAUGAAGAUCGGCUUUCAGCAAGGACCUUGAUCACCGUACGACACCGUCAUUGAAGUGCUUUAGUUAUUUCACUGUCAUUAUGAUGGAGACUCACUUUGUGAAUCAUAACUCGGUGCAGCUCAGUCAAUAACAACCCGUUAAACGGGACACCCGUAGUGAAUACGGCCUCGGAUAUGAAGCGUGAUCGACCUUUACUAAAUAAUCAUUGCAGUCAGUAAAUGUCAGCCACUUCUGAAUCCGGACUUCAAUAGCAUGGACGAUCAUAGUAUUGCGAGCAAUGACAUGGAUCCUACCAAGACAGAAGACAAAGAAUUUAGCGAACUUGAAACGAGCUACGAUGAUGACGAUGGCAAUGAUGAAGCCGGGCGCCCUGAGAGCGAACGAGAUAACCGAGUGCCACGUCUCUCUCGUGUCGUGACUGCUGCCGAGGUUGGGAAUGGAGUUGGCCUCAAUCAACCGAGCAAUGUUCCAUUUACACGCCUCUACGAACCUCCCAUAUCAUUGGCGGAAGCAUCAGAAUACUUUUACAUCCCGGGCGUACCGGUAAUUGUUUCCUGUUGUAAACUUGAAGGAGACUCCAUAGCCACGAGCAUGAUACAGUCACAUGUCUACGGAUACGAGCUUGUACACGGCGACUUUAAGUGGACAAUUAGAAAACGCUAUAAACAUUUCAUCGACCUCCAUGCGGCCUUGAAGCUCUAUCGUGCCACGAUGGCCGUGCCUCUUCCUUCGCGAAGUCAUCAACGCCGUCGGCGAAGUUUCGUCGAAGGAACGGCGAACAAGAGGCUUUUGCCCCGGAUAUCAAAGAUCCCUGAUACAAUGCUGGCAGCAGAUCAGGUAUCGAAAAGGCACAAAGAGCUUGCUACAUACCUCCGGGGUCUUCUAUCUAUCCCAGCCUACAGAAAUCAUCCAAAGACGGUGGAAUUUUUGGAGAUUUCGCCGUAUUCUUUUCUCAAAUCGACUGGGGCAAAAGGCAAGGAAUCUCUAGUGUCGAAACGUGCCGGUGGUCACAAGCCACACUCGUGUCUGCUCCAUUUUCACAUGCUAUGGUUCAACUGCAUGACCCGAUGGCGAAGGAGGUGGCUAAUUGCAAGGGAUACUUAUGUCCUGUCGCUGCAUCCGGUCACAGGCGCAAUACGGGCUGUUCUACUAAUGGACAAAGACUUCACUUUGGAGAGCGGUCUGUUAAGCGGAUUACAAAUGACCAAUAGUCAGCGAUCGCUCUGCAUUGACGUUUGGACCAGACGAGAAAAACGUGAGUGGUCUGAUCACAUCCAUCGAAUGAAGGAGACCACAGCAAAAGGCUUCGUUGAGCGAAACGCGUUGAAUAGCUUUGCACCCGUUAGGAAGCAAACGUACACGAGAUGGUAUGUCGACGGGGCAAUGUACAUGAAGGCCGUCGCAAAUGCCCUUGAAAAUGCCGAGACGGAGAUCUUCAUUACGGACUGGUGGCUCACGCCGGAGAUCUAUCUGAAGCGACCACCAGGAGACUCUCCUUAUUGGCGUUUAGACGAGAUACUCAAAAGAAAAGCUGAGUCAGGAGUACACGUUUUUAUCAUGCUGUACAAGGAGGUGAAGUCUGCGCUUAACAUCAACUCCUUCUACUCAAAGCGGAAAAUUACAGGACUGCACAAAAACAUUCGCGUUUUCAGGCAUCCGGAUCAUAUGAAGGAAGGUGUUUUACUGUGGGCGCAUCAUGAGAAGUUAGUAAUCGUCGAUCAAAAGUUCGCCUUUUUUGGUGGGAUUGACCUCUGCUACGGUCGAUGGGAUGAUGCUCUUCACAGACUGACUGAUACAGCACCAACUGAAACUUUUAAGAUCACCAGGACACUUCCAGAAACACGUUCUCAGUCGAGUGAAGAUCAAGGCAAUGUAAAGCAUUCAGCAGUGAAUGAUGAACCGCCUCCUUGUUACGAAGAUCAAAUCGACGAGCCUUCUUUAUUCUCCACUGCAGUCACAAAUAGAUCUCUGCAGAAACGGCAAAGUGAUCAGACUGCUAAGUAUGACAACACUCAGAUAAGACCGUCAAUUUACUUUGACCAAGAAACAUGGAAAAUUAUCAAUCCGGACGCAGGAGACCAUCUGACAAAUGGAAGAAUGAAGUUACUUCAAGCCAAACGUCGACUAAGCGCUUUAAUUGUGUUUCAAAAUGUCCGCCGAGAAACUUACCGACGAUCGUUAGGUGACCUGGUUGACUGUGUCAGUCAUACGAACACUGAAUUCAUACCGGACGAAGAGAAGCUCGCAUCGUUCGUUAACGAAGACGCUCGCUUUUGGCUAGGAAAAGACUAUACAAAUUUCAUAUUUAAGGACGUUACUAAUAUGCAUCAGCCGUUUGCUGAGCAUAUCGAUCGUACGCGGACUCCUCGAAUGCCCUGGCAUGAUAUUGGGGGCCUCGUCAUUGGAAGAGCUGCCCGUGAUUUAGCCCGUCACUUCAUUCAACGGUGGAACUUCGUCAAAAACAAUAAGGCGAAACGCAACGAUUUCUACCCAUGGCUUUUACCAAUGAGCUAUGAUGUCGCUGAGGAGUUCGACGUGGGCAAGUGCGAAGAGUGGUUUGGAAAACUUUAUCGCUGUGAAGUGCAAGCGCUAAGGUCUGCGAGCAGCUGGUCCGUGGGUAUCCGCGAGCGUGAGCACUCGAUUGAGGAUGCUUAUGUCGAGCUAAUCAAAAAUGCCAAGUAUUACAUUUACAUCGAAAACCAGUUCUUCAUUUCGAUGAAACCAGGAGGUAUGGUGUACAAUCGAGUCGCUGAUACCUUGUAUGAGCGAAUACUCAAAGCAUACUGCGCUAAUGAAAAAUUUCGUGUCUAUAUCGUUCUGCCACUCCUGCCGGCUUUCGAAGGGGAAGUGGGUACCCCCAGCGGAGCAUCCAUUCAAGCGAUUACACAUUGGAACUAUGCCUCGUUGUGUCGAGGACCCAACUCACUACUCGCUAGACUAGAGCAGAAAAUGGAAAAUCCUCGAGAUUACGUGGCAUUUUUCGGUCUACGAAAACAUGAUAUUCUCAAUGGAAUUCCCGUAACCGAACUCGUUUACGUCCAUUCAAAGCUAAUGAUCGUCGACGAUAGUCAGGUGAUUAUGGGUUCGGCUAAUAUAAAUGAUCGUUCGUUACUGGGCACUCGCGACUCAGAGAUAGCUGCCCUUCUUCGAGAUCAACACUUCUAUUCAGCAUCGUUUGAUGGCCAACCAGUGAAGGUCGGAGCGUACGCCACGUCCCUGCGUCAAUGGAUUUUUCGUGAACACCUUGGCGGCUUUACUAAAGUCGAUGACCCAGUAUCGGACGACUUCUUCAAUAAUACCUGGAAGCGAAUCGCGAAAAAUAAUACGCGGAUAUUCGAGCACGUGUUUCGUCCGCUACCCACAGACAGUGUCGCGACAUUUGCCGAGCUUAGGAACUAUCUGAACCAGCCCUCCCUUGUUAAAAAGGACCCAAAAGCGGCAAUCGAAGAGCUCAAAAAAAUCGCGGGACACCUUGUUGAACUACCAGAAAAGUUCUUAGUGAACCAGUCACUCACACCUGCCCCCGGAACCAAGGAGCAUCUUCUGCCCAUGGCGCUGUGGACGUAGCUGAUAGAAUUUGCCC